CUAUAUGUUUUUGUCCAAGUUUGUCCUUACUAUACUCUAAUUGUCUUAGGACGGACAAUUGAAAAAGUCAGUGAUACUGUAGAAUAAAUAUUAUCUAUUAAUCAUUUAUCUAUUGAUUACAACAUACCGGAAGCUCAGCAGCCAGGCAAAUAUAUUUAGAAACAUGACAUCAAGUGAGUAUAUAAACACCGUGCUGUUCAAGAUAGCGUCGUUGUUUACACUAUCAAAAUGGAAGUAUUGAGCUCAGUUCUCUCUUUAUUAUCGACCCAUUGGGUUGGCACUUUAGUAAUAUGCCUCGUUAUUCUGUUUUGUUACUGGGGAAUCGCACCGUACAGGCGAUCCGCCAUCGUUGCUCAAGUUGGAGAUCUACCAGGUCCACCACCAUUACCGUUUUUUGGUAACUCCUUGGAUUUGUUCCGUUAUAAGGGACAAAUGCACCUACAGUUUGAUGACUAUUACAAGAAGUAUGGCCGUCUUUACACAACGUUUCUAGCGAGUAGAAAACCUUCCAUUGUGAUAAGUGACCUGGGAAUGGUGAAGGAAUUGAUGGUGAAAGAGUUUCAGAGCUUUCAUGAUCGUCCUAGUGCGGUUAAAUUACCCAAGCCUUUAAACAGCAUGAUGACAUCAGUCACUGGACAGACAUGGCACCGUAUUCGCACAACCUUGUCACCGACAUUUAGUGGUCACAAAAUGAAAGUGAUGGUUCCAUUGUUAAACAAGUCCUGUGAUGUACUGGUCAAGAAACUACAAGAUGCUGAAAAAUCUGACCAGUCUGUUAAUGUAUACAAAUUUUUACAAGGUUUGACAAUAGAGGCAAUCUUGUCAUCAUUUUUUGGCUUGGAAUCAAAUGCCCAGACAGAUGAAAAUGACGUUGGUUAUGUUGCUGCAAAAAAUGCAAUGCAGCGUUCACCUUUUUUGCGACGAAUUUUGAUAUUUGUAUCAUUAUCACUCCCAGGUGGCAAAUAUAUAUUGACACUUCCCAUAUUUGACAGAAUGAUCAUGGGCAAUUUUCUUAAGCUUGUUGAUUUAUCAAAAGAUAUAAUUAAAGUGAAGAAAGAGGCUGCUGCAAAUGGAAACGCUAGCAAGGAUUUCCUUGAUAUGAUGCUUGAAAACACUGACGAUACCAAUUUACCAGAAGAAAAAAGACUGACUGAAGAUGAAGUUCUGGCACAAAGUGCCAUCUUCCUUCUUGCUGGAUUUGAGAAUACAAGCAACUCACUCUCUUUGGUCUGCCAUCAUCUAGCAACUAAUCCAGACAUCCAGGAAAAGGCACAAGAAGAAAUUGAUAGCAUAUGGAGUGACAUGGACCAGCCACUAUCUUAUGACAUGGUUAAUUCCAUGAACUACCUGGAAAUGAUCAUCUCUGAAACACUUCGUCUCCAUCCCCCAGUUGUCAUUCAUACUCGAGAAGCAACCAAAGACUGCACCAUAAAAGGCUUUCCUAUCAAAAAAGGAACAGGUAUAUUAGUCCCAGUCUACAGCAUCCAACGCGAUCCAGAGUAUUACGACAAUCCCGACAAGUUUGACCCAGAACACUUCAGUGCCGAAGCAAAGCAGUCACGUGAUCCCUACGCUUACAUGCCGUUUGGUCACGGGCCUCGUAACUGUAUCGGGAUGAGGUACGUGUUAUUUCAGAUGAAGAUGUUUCUAGCAAGGAUUCUGAAGCAGUUCAGCUUGGUGGUUGGUCCGGAGACAAAAGUCCCUCUUGAAGUCCAAAUGAGGACAGUCUUGGGUUGUGGGAAAGACGGAAUACAACUGCGCCUCAAGUGUAGACAUUAAGACUAAGUAAUGAUCUUUGCGAGAAAGUUUGAAAAAAGCUCGAACUUUUUUUCAGAGCAUAGUUAGUAGAGGGAACUAUGUUUAGAGUUUUAUGAUACUGUAUUCUAAUAUGAGGGACUGUGCAAUAAUUACCAG